CCACCCCAAUGAAUGUGAUCAUUGAUAUUAAUCAUCUGAUUGCAGAUUGUGUUUGGUUUGUUUGUGUCACACAGCUUUAACUAAGAGAUCUUUAUUGUUAUUUUCUAGGAGAAUGAAGAUGAGAUUCCUGGGGAGGACCUGUCUCAUUGUCUUGAGUUUGCUACCAGCUGUUUCUACACAGAGAGAUGCAUGGCGUGUCGUUGGCUCUGAUCAUCCUGUCAUUGCUGAACCUGGUAAUGAUGUCAUCCUGCCCUGUCACAUUUCAUCCAGACUCAGUGCUGUGGACAUGGAAGUGAGGUGGUACAGGGAGAUAUUCAACACGCCUGUCCAUUUAUAUAUGAACCAAAAUGAUCAGCCAGGAAGACAGGACAGAGAUUACCAAGGCCGCACUGCUCUCCGUCCCUCUGCGCUGGAGAGAGGUGAUAUCUCUCUGCAUCUGAGAGACCUCCGGCCCUCUGAUAGAGGCGUCUAUACCUGCUUAGCUGAUGAUGGAAGCUGGAAUGAAGAAGGACAGACUGAAGUGAUAGUCGCAGCACUGGGGACCCAGCCCUCAAUCUCUAUGGACUCUACACAAGGAGAGCAGUCCCGGCUGGUGUGCAGAUCAGAGGGGUGGGACCCUGAACCUGAAGUGAUCUGGAGAGACAGGGAUGGAAACGAUGUGACAUCACUGUCCAACACAACACUGCUGAGAGUCAGUCAGGGGCUCCGCAGUGUCAGCAGCUACAUCAAAAUCAAACAGCAGUCCCACGUGUUCUCCUGUCUGGUUAGAAGUAAAAUACCAAAACCAGACUGGGAAUCCAAACUCCACAUAUCCAGUGAUUUUUUCCCAGGAGUCUCUGGAUGGAUGGUGGCUUUCUUCUUGACUUUAGCUCUCAGUAUUGGAGCCAUUCCUCUGCUGGUGAUCCAAUGGAGAAGAAUGGAUGCCAUGGAGAGAAAGCUUGAGCCUAUGGCUGCUAAGUGCCUUCGUAAGGAACUUGAGUCUAUGAGCCGUGAGGUCCCUAAAUCAGAAUUGAAGUGGAUCCUCAGCUCAGCAGUUGAUGUGACUCUGGACCCUGAUAUAGCACACCCCCGGCUCACCCUGUCUGAUGAGGAGAAACGAGUGAGACGGGGAUGGACAGGGCAGGAUCUCCCUGACACUCCAGAGAGAUUUGAUUGGUGGCCCUGUGUGCUGGGCAGGGAGAGCUUCACCUCGGGGAGACGCUACUGGCAGGUGCAGGUGGGGGGGAAUACAGACUGGAGAUUAGGAGUCAGCAGAGAGUCUGCCAAGAGGAAGGGGAAGAUCAGCAUGACUCCCCAGCAGGGUUACUGGACUGUGCAGUGGGAUGAAGAUGAAGAUGAGUUCACUGCUCUCACUGACCCCCAGACCCCCCUCCCCCAGAGCCUGAGGCCCCAGAAUCUGGGGGUGUAUCUGGAUUAUGAGGAAGGGCAGCUCUCCUUUUACAAUGUGGAGACCAGAUCUCACAUCUACACUUUCUCUGACAUGGAGUUCAAGCCCAAUGAGAAACUCUAUCCACUCUUCUAUACUUACAGUUACACAGACCUUGUGCUGGAGUCCCCUGACCCUGACCCUGUCAGCACUGCAGAUUAAACACACAUUGCUGUCUGAACCACGAAACUAUUCAAACAGCUCAGACAAUCUCCUCUUCACUUUCACUGACACUCUCUCUGCACUCUUCUGGGCUGAUGAGAAGAAAUCCUCUCUUCCACCCUCUUACCCUGAGCCCCUCCUCUUUAUUUCUCUACACCCCCUUUCCUACUCUCCCUUCCUGUCUCCCUCUCUCUUUCCCCUCCACCUCUCCAUCUCCAGAUCCCUCUUUCUCUCCUCUCCCCUUCUCCUCUCUGCCUCCUCUAUGGCUCUCCCCUCCUCUUUCUCUCUCCCUUCCCUCUGAUAUGCUAAUCCCCUCCCUUUCCCACUCUCCCUCUCUCCUCCAUCCUCUCUACUCUCCCUCUCUCCUCUAUCCUCUCUACUCUCCCUCUCCACCCUGCCCUCUCUACUCUCCCUCUCUCCUCCAUCCUCUCUACUAUCCCCCUCUCCUCCAUCCUCUCUACUCUCCCCCUCUUCUCCAUCCUCUCUACUCUCCCUCUCUUCACCCUGCCCUCUCUACUCUCCCUCUCUCCUCCAUCCUCUCUACUCUCCCUCUCUCCACCCUGCCUUCUCUACUCUCCCUCUCUCCUCCACCCUCUCUACUCUCCCUCUCUCCUCCAUCCUCUCUACUCUCCCCCUCUCCUCCAUCCUCUCUACUCUCCCUCUCUUCACCCUGCCCUCUCUACUCUCCCUCUCUCCUCCAUCCUCUCUACUCUCCCUCUCUCCACCCUGCCUUCUCUACUCUCCCUCUCUCCUCCAUCCUCUCUACUCUCCCUCUCUCCACCCUGCCUUCUCUACUCUCCCUCUCUCCUCCAUCCUCUCUACUCUCCCUCUCUCCACCCUGCCUUCUCUACUCUCCCUCUCUCCUCCAUCCUCUCUACUCUCCCUCUCUCCUCCUUCCUCUCUACUCUCCCUCUCUCCACCCUGCCUUCUCUACUCUCCCUCUCUCCUCCAUCCUCUCUACUCUCCCUCUCUCCACCCUGCCUUCUCUACUCUCCCUCUCUCCUCCAUCCUCUCUACUCUCCCUCUCUCCUCCAUCCUCUCUACUCUCCCUCUCUCCUCCCUGCCUUCUCUACUCUCCCUCUCUCCUCCAUCCUCUCUACUCUCCCUCUCCUCCAUCCUCUCUACUCUCCCUCUCUCCACCCUGCCUUCUCUACUCUCACUCUCUCCACCCUGCCCUCUCUACUCUCCCUCACUCCUCCAUCCUCUCUCCUCUCCCUCUCUCCUCCAUCCUCUCUACUCUCCCUCUCUCCUCCCUGCCCUCUACUCUCCCUCUCUCCUUUCUCCUCCCUCUCCCUCUCUCCUCCCUCCCCCCUCUAAUUUUGUACUGUGAUAUUUUGUAACAGCUGUAAGUCUCCCUGGAUAAGGGCGUCUGCUAAUAAAUAAAUAAUGAUAAAAGACUUUCUAGACAAUAGAUGAAUGCAUUAUUUUCCAUGUAAUCAAUAUUUACACUGAAGCUGAGAUGCUCCCUGAAUAUUAUUCAUUGCUAAACUCAGUGAACUGAUUUCUGCUAUUUUGAUAUGAAUCUUCUGUUCUGUUUUUGUAGCGCAUCUAUUUUCUAUCUUUCUUGAUAAAAUGUAUAAAAGAUAUAA